AGUGUGAGGUGAGGUUAAGGUGCUGAGCGUGGUGCGAAUGGAUGGGAUGGACAGAGGAGGAUGGACCUUGGCCCUACCUUUCUGGUAGCGGCUGCUGGCUGUGCUGCACCAUGUGCGUCCUGAACCCUCGGAGCGCUCCUUCCUCUGUGACGAGUAAAUUGGGGGAAGUGGCUCCUUUUUGCAGUUCUCUGAUUUCUUGUAACAAUCGUGGUGGUGUAUAUGCAGAUGGAACACUGGAAGGAUUGGCUUAUGGAUUUUAUCAGCAAUAAAAGAUUAAUUACUUAAGUCUUUGCUAUUCUUAUUGAUAGGGAGAAUGCUGGCAAAUAAACUUUCAAGACUCAUUUUGGAGUUCUAGAAAGCAAAUGUCCUUUGUUGGGCCUGGGCAAUGUGGGGAAUUGAUUUCAUGUGCAGUAAGACGAGCUGGGGACAGAAUAUAUUUCCUGCUUAAGUGUAUGUUUGUAAAUUACUCUGUUACUAUAAAUUAUUACUUCCUAAUUUCUGAUUUUAGUGCUAUUCUGAGCUUCACGACAGCCAAAACUUGAUAAUUUGUAUUUUCAGAGCCAGCUCUGCCUGACCUUGUGUUUGAGAUAGGGAAAUGCUAUGGAGGUGAUUGCAGAAAAAGACACAUCUGUUUAGCACAGGUCUUGCUGGACACGAGAUGUCAUCAGCUCCGAACAACGAACAGAGUCUGGAAAAGCACUUCAUAAAAAAAAAAAAGUGCUCUCAAUGACAUUCUGAAACUUUCAGAAAUACAAUUACUUCGAUGAAUUCAAACUCUCCCGAUUUUUGUAAUAGUAACUACUUCUUGUGUCGUCAUCGCCUCCCAAUCCCACUUUUCUCUGCACGCGGGGCUGAGAAGCGGCUCCGCUUUGCGAGGCUGCCGCCCCACCCCGCUUGCCCACAACAAACAUGGCGGCCGCGGCGCGCGUCACUGGCGUGCGCCGGAAGUAACAAUGGAAGCGACGCCGGAAGCGGGCGGCACGCGGCGGGAGCAGGCAUGGAGGCGGCGGCUCCCAGCCCCUUGCGCUUCAAGAGCAACUAUGCCGUGUCGAGGAAAAUCGAACCGUUCUACAAAGGAGGGCGAGUCCAGAUAAACCGCGAUGGGAAGUAUAUGUUUUGCCCCUGUGGGACCAAGCUGAACGUUAUCGAUGUAGAAACAGGAGCCCUGCACAGCCUCCAGCAGGAUGAAGAAGAGGACAUCACUUCCUUUGUUUUGAGCCCCGACGACGAGAUCCUCGUGACGGGGAGCCGAGCCCUGCUGCUGAAGCAGUGGAACUGGCGAGAGAACAAGUGCGUCCGGAUAUGGAAAGCUGUGCACAUCGCACCAAUUGCUACGAUGGCCUUCGACUCCACGUCAACGUUGUUGGCCACAGGCGGCUGCGACAGCACCAUUAAGAUUUGGGAUAUGGUCAAGCAGUACUGCACACACAACCUGAAAGGAUCUUCAGGAGUUGUACAUCUUGUUGAGUUCCACCCCGAUAUCUCCCGCCUGCAACUCUUCUCCUCCUCGAUUGACUACAAAAUCCGCAUCUGGGACCUGAAUUCCAGCAAAUGUAUUGCUGUGCUGGACGGCCACUUCAGCGCCGUCACCUCGCUGGCAUUCGCAGAUGGAAACACACUUCUUAGUUCUGGCCGUGAUAAAAUCUGCAUGGUGUGGGACCUGAAAACCAGAGAAAGCAAACGAACUGUCCCUGUCUAUGAGAGCGUGGAAGCUGCUGUCUUGUUACCUGAAAAGGGAGAUUUCUCUCAGCUGGGUGUGAAGAAACGAGGACUGCACUUUGUCACAGCUGGCAGCAAAGGCGUCCUGAAAGUCUGGGAGGUCGCCACGGCUGCCUGUGUGUACACCCAGCCCGUGCCCUUUGAGUUGAAGGAGGAGGCCAGUGAGCGCAGCCUCACCCAGUGCAUGCUUGUGCCCGCGAGAAACGAGAUUGUCACAGUCUCUGUGGAACACAACAUCAUUUUGUAUGACGCUCAAACUCUUCAGCUUAGGAAGCAGCUCGCAGGUUACAAUGAUGAAGUUUUAGAUGUGAAGUUCCUUGGGCCUGAUGAUUCUCACAUCGUUGUGGCUACCAACAGCCCUCAGCUGAAGGUAUUUGAACUGGCCACCUCGCACUGCCAGAUCCUCUACGGCCACACAGAAACAAUUCUGGCUUUGGAUGUCUUCAGAAAAGGCCUGAUGUUCGUCAGCUGCGCUAAGGACAAAACCCUGCGAGUCUGGCGGAUGCACAAAGACGGGAAGGUGACCUGUGUUGCCCAAGGACUGGGUCACGUGCAUGGGGUGGGCGCUGUCUCUUGCUCAAGACUGAAAGAAAGCUUCAUAGUAACCAGCAGCCAGGACUGCACAAUCAAGAUCUGGAAUAUCCCAGAAUCCCUUACUUCCAAAGCAAAAGCAGCUCUGAUCUCCAGUCCAGAAAUCCUUCACGCAAGCGUGACUGAGAGGGGUCAUGACAAGGACAUCAACAGUGUGACAGUUUCUCCGAACGACAAGCUGAUUGCCACAGGCUCGCAGGAUCGGCUGGCCAAGCUCUGGUCCUCUUCCGAUUGCUCUUUGCUGGGUGUCUUCACUGGACAUAAGCGUGGAAUCUGGUGUGUGCAAUUCUCGCCGGUGGAUCAGGUCUUGGCCACCUCUUCAGCAGAUGGGACUCUGAAGCUUUGGGGUCUGCGGGACUUCAGCUGCCUGAAGACUUUUGAAGGUCACGAUGCCUCUGUACUGAAGAUCAUUUUUGUAAGCCGAGGAGCACAGCUGCUCAGCAGUGGUUCUGAUGGCCUAUUAAAACUCUGGACGAUUAAGACAAAUGAGUGUGUGAAAACACUGGAUGGUCACGAAGAUAAGAUCUGGGGUCUUCACUCUAACAAGCAAGAUGACAUGGUUGUGUCUGCGUCCAGCGACUCCUGCAUUACGCUGUGGAAGGAUGUUACUGAAAUUGAAGAGAUGGAGGCACAAGCUAAACAGGAAGAGCAGAUCAUGAAAGAGCAAGAGCUUUCUAACCUACUUCACGAGAAAAGAUACCUCAAAGCUUUAGGGCUGGCAAUCUCCCUGGAUCGUCCGCACACGGUGUUGAUGGUGGUCAAAGCCAUCCUCAAGGAAACUGAUGGGAGGAGGCACUUGGAAGAGAACAUUGUUCGGCUCCGGAAGGAUCAGAAAGAGGCUGUGUUAACGUUCUUGGUGACAUGGAACACAAACUCUCGGAACUGCCACGAGGCCCAGGCUAUCGUUGAGAUCCUCCUGAAGCAUGAAGCACCAGACAACCUUCUGCAGUACGCAGGCAUUAAAUCCGCUGUGGAGUCCCUGCUGCCCUACACCGAGCGCCAUUUCCAGAGGCUGAGCCGGUUGCUGCAGGCCUCCAUGUUCAUUGAUUUCAUGUGGCAGAACAUGAGACUGGCUGAUGCAGCCCCACAGGAAGAGCUGACGUCGUAACCUCCUCGCACCAGUUGCUCCUUCCAGAGGGCAGAGGCUGACCUUUCCCACCAGCUACGCAACUGGACCGUCCCUGUAUUUUAUAAUAAAGUUUUAAGUUUGGAU